AACGGCCAGAUGGCCCUAAAGCCCUAAUUCUCAGUCUAUUCCAGUUGCCAUCUUCCUCUCCACUUCUGCUUCCUCCUCCUCUUUCUUAAAAAGAGACCUCAAUUCUUUUGGAAGAGAACGAGCAAUCCAAGCAAGGAAGAUGAUGGAACAGAACGAGAAGCCUCAUACCCUUCCACCAUCUGAAUCCCCACCAUUACCAUUAGCAUCUUCUCAACCACGACCACGGCCAAAGCCAAAGAGAUUCGUGAAGAACCAAAUCCCGGAGUCUCUCCUCAACGACGCCGCCCUCAACGCUGCCAUCUCCCUCCUCCCCUCCAAUUACAACUUUGAGGUCCACAAGUGCCUCUGGCGCAUCCUCUCCUCUGGCGCCAAGCGCGUCGCUCUCCAGUUCCCCGAGGGCCUCCUUAUGUACUCAUUCGUCCUCGCCGACAUCUUCACCGCAUUCGGCCACGUUGAUCAAUGCUUUGUUCUCGGCGACGUCACCUACGGCGCCUGCUGCGUCGACGACUUCUCCGCCGCCGCCCUCUCCGCCGACCUUCUUAUUCACUACGGUCACAGCUGCCUCGUCCCCGUCGAUUCCACCACGGUCCCCUGCCUCUACGUCUUCGUCGAAAUCAAGAUCGACGUCGACCGUCUUAUUGAGACAGUCAAACUGAAUUUCAACUCUGCAUCAGACGGCAGUGGCUGCGGAAAUAUUGUCCUCGCUGGGACGAUCCAAUUUGCGGCUGCAAUCCGCGCCGCGAAGCCGGAGUUGGAGAAGUCUGGAUUUAAGGUUUUGGUCCCGCAGUCAAAGCCGUUGUCGGCUGGGGAAGUUCUUGGGUGCACAGCACCGGCUGUGCAAAAAGGGACUUUCGCCGGUGAUGAAGAUGGUGCUGUUGUUGUGUUUGUUGCGGAUGGGAGGUUCCAUCUCGAGGCGUUUAUGAUAGCGAAUCCAGGAAUUAUGGCAUUUCGGUACGAUCCUUAUAUGGGGUCACUGUUUUUGGAAGGUUACGAUCAUGAAGGGAUGAAGGAAUCUAGGAAGAAUGCGAUUGUGAAGGCGAGGCAGGCAAGUAUUUGGGGCAUUGUUCUGGGGACAUUAGGAAGGCAAGGGAAUCCGAGGAUUCUUGAUCUUUUGCAGAAGCGGAUGAGAGAAAAAGAGUUGUCUUGGACAAUUGUUUUGAUGUCAGAGAUAACACCGGGAAGAGUUGCACUUUUUGAAGACUCUGUGGAUGCUUGGAUUCAGAUUGCAUGUCCUAGGCUCUCUAUUGAUUGGGGCGAUGCAUUUAACAAGCCCCUCUUGACUCCAUUCGAGGCCGAGAUUGCUCUUGGUUUUUUACAAGGCUGGUGGGAGAAAACUCUACUGCUGGAUUCAUGUUGCAAAGAUGAAUUGGAUUGCCCAAAGGGCGAAUCCUGCUGUAGUUGUAAGAAUGGGACUAUUGGUACAGAUUAUCCAAUGGAUUAUUAUGCUCAGGACGGAGGGGACUGGAAUUCUUCCUAUGUAAAGAAAUCAUCUCGUUCUACACGGAGAAAUGCUUGAUCUUGUACCAGAAACCGUGUGUAGUUUUUUGAAGGACAAACUACAUUUACAGAUGCCAUCUCUGGCUCUACUAUGCUCAGGAGAGGCUGCUGGCAUGUUGGCUUGUGGGUCGAUGAUGUCAAUUGAGUCAAUUGCAUGGAACAGGUUCUGGUUGACUACUUCUGCUUAUUUAAUAAUUCCUAGGUCAUAUGAGUUGUUAGCAGCGUAUUUUUCCUAGGCACACUGCAGUUCCAAGUUGAUAGCAGCCUUCUUGGACUAGGAACUAUCUGAGCCUUGAACAACUUUGACAAAAAGCUGUAUUGAGGUUGUUGUGUGUGUAUGUCUGUGUUGGAAUGGAGUCUCCAAAUUGCAAAAGUGUGUUUCUCUCGUCUGUCACUUGUUUGGGUGAAAAUGUACUACAGCUGUCUCAAAGGAUUAUUCAAGGUUAUCAAGCAUCCCAACAAGCAUCUCAUCAUAUUUCAUCUUUGUCGUAGAAAGGUACCCAGGUGGAGGAACCAGGGCUUAGAUGUGAGAUGGGCAUUUGAGAAGGCCUAUGAUUAUGUUUCCUAGAAGCUUUGGUCUUUUCUGCUGAAACUGACGGAGUUAGGCUACAGGAAUCUAUUUUAGAAAGCUGUUGUUCCCGACCAUGUCUGCUGGCUGCGGAUCAUGGCUGCUGGUUCUGAUUAGCCAUGAUUUCUUACUAUGGCUGUGGAUUGAAGGUUUGGAAUGGGAAGGGGGAUGGUAUUCCCUUAUUUGGGAAGCAACCUCACCGGAGAUGUCGCCACUGUUUUGGUUACUCAGCUGGAAAAAAAUGGACGUAAUUGGAGAAGAAGCUGGCUGCAAAGCUAGCCAUGAUCUGCUAGAGUUUUCUAACUUUGGAAGCAUCAUUUGUUUCAUCUCUUGCUGCUACCGGUUGUUUUUUUUUUGGUUACUGCGUAAUGAGGCCAAGAAAGUCGGAGCUGGCAAGAGAUGGAACACAAGCAAUGCCAUGAUCUCUUUUGGUUACUUGCCAUUGUGGAGCUGUUGUUUUUGAUUACAAUGGUUGAAAGAGGACUUGAGGUGGCGAGGAUGCUCACUACAGCAGUGACAGUGUAGUGAUCAAGAAGAAGAAGAAAAAGAAAAAUGAUUCCAGUCCAUUUGGAGCCGAAGACCAGAAUGUGGGUCCAUUCCUAAAAUUUGAUUUCCUUUGCGGACUGAUUUCCCAAACUGAAAGGGGGGUGUCUUCUCUAAGCUGCGGGAUGACCUUAGACAUGAAGCAUAAUUAGCAAGACUUUCAAAUAAAACAAGACUUGGACAAAUGUGAAGGAAAAAGAAAAUGUAUAUAUCAAGUCAAAAUGGUCAAAUAUAUAUGGUUUGGUAAAUAAUAUAUCCUUGUGUAUAUUUUUUUUUUGAUCAGUAAAUGAUAAAUUAUAUUGAUCAAA